GCUUUAUUUUUGGUCUUUUUUUUUCCCAGUUGGGCCGUCUUUCAUUGCCAGAUUCCCGAGGAUCUCUGCUGGCUGUCUUUUCUUCUUUUGCCUUCUUUCUUGGUGGCCCCAUCCGACUCCGCCUGCUCUUCCUCGGCGCCCCAUCCAUCUGCCUUGCGUCUGCUCCCUCUCCACCAAACCCUAGCCGGCCAACAGAGCUUAUUGAAGGCCGGCUAGGCGAGAGCAGCAUCCACCGCCGCGCUCUCAUGGCGGCGCCCAAACCGAUCUGGGUGCGCCAGGCUGAGGAGGCCAAGCUCAAGUCCGAGGCGGAGACCGCUGCCGCCGCCAAGGCCGCCUUCGAGGCCACCUUCAAGGCCCUCGCUGCCGCACCCGGCGACGACGACAAGGACGCCGACCCCGCCCCGCCCUCCCCGGCCGAACCCGCCUCCCCCGAGUCCGAUGACGAUGCCCCGGCCCCGCCAGGCCCGGUCGACCCGUCCAAGUGCUCCGCCGCUGGCCCCGGCAUCGGGGGCGGCUCCGCCGGAACUCCCUCCACCUUCACCGUCGUCGCCAAGGACCGCCACAGCCGGAGGCUCACCGCCGGCGGGGCGCUCGUGCGCGUGCGUGUCUCGCCUGCUGCUGCAGUCGGCGGGGACGAUCUCGAGGGUGCUGUCAAGGACAACGGGGACGGAUCCUACACGGUCACCUACGUCGUCCCCAAGCGCGGCAACUACAUGGUACACGUCGAUCUCGACGGCGCCCCCGUCAUGGGGAGCCCCUUCCCCGUCUUCUUCAGCGGCUCCACCGUCACACCAUCAGCCGCUUUCCCCACCGCGCUACCCGCAGUCAGCUCUGCCUACCCCAACAUGGUCAACCAGACCAUGCCUAAUAUGCCCAAUUACACAGGCGCGCCCUCCAGUGCCUUCCCCAGCCUCCUCGGGGCCAUGCCUGGUUCCUCAGCUGGUUCCUCGAGUGGAGUCAUGCUGCCUGGGGUUGGUGCUUCAUUGGGGGAGAUAUGCCGGGACUACAUGAAUGGGAGGUGCACAAAGGUGGAGACUGACUGUAAGUUCACCCACCCACCGCAACAGCUGCUGAUGUCGAUGCUUGCAGCCACGAGUUCUGUCAGUGCUCUUGGGCAUGCGCCGUUGGCGCCCUCUGCGGCUGCUAUGGCAGCUGCACAGGCCAUCAUGGCUGCUCAGGCACUGCAGGCACAUGCUGCGCAAGCCAAGGCCGCAGGUGGGGCUUCAGGCUCAGUACACAAAGCUGAUGAAGCUGAUGCCCUGAAGAGAACAGUUCAAAUUAGCAACCUGAGUCCACUUCUUACUGUGGAUUAUGUUAAGCAGCUAUUUGGAUUGUGUGGUAAAGUUGUUGAUUGUACCAUCACAGAUUCAAAACACAUUGCUUAUGUUGAAUACUCCAAACCUGAAGAAGCGACUGCAGCGUUGGAGUUCAAUAACAAGAAUGUUGGUGGUCGUCCAUUGAAUGUGGAGAUGGCUAAAUCUCUUCCUUCUAAAGCAAAUAAUAACUUGCCUAUGAUGAUGCAGCAAGCCAUUCAGCUGCAACAGAUGCAAUUCCAGCAGGCACUAAUGAUGCAACAGUCAAUAGCAACCCAACAGGCUGCUGCACGUGCUGCCACCAUGAAAUCUGCCACUGAAGCAGCUGCAGCAAGGGCUGCUGAGAUAAGCAGGAAGUUGAAGGCGGAGGGCUUUGGUGCGGACAACAUGGAAGAAAAGCAUGCCAAAGGGAAGUCAAGAUCACCAUCGCCCUCUACUCGUAGAUCAAAAUCUCGGUCGAGAUCACCUAUCAAAUACCGUAGGAGCAGGCGGUCCCGCUCCUACUCUCCCCCAGUUAGACGCUCAAGGGAGCAGCGAUCACGAUCACCAUCAAAAUCUCGCCACUCAAAGUACGGUAGUGAUCGAUCGCAUAGGGAUGAUAAGGACAGGUAUAGCAGGUCCGGGAGAAGGGAGAGUGAACGAUCUCGUGAUCAUCAUUCAUCUAGUUCAAGGAGGAACAGAAGUAAAAGUAGAAGUCCAAGGCAUAAGAAGCCCUCCAGAGUUGAUUCUAGGUCACCCAAGAAACAAAGAGAGGAAAGUUUAAGCCCAUCAAAAUCAAGGUCAGCAAGGGCUGGUUCAAGAUCACCACGCCAUCAUAAGGGAAGCAAAUCAUCGCCAACUCGUGACCGUCAUUCUCGCCAUAGCAGGCAUUCAAGGUCCAGAUCUCCUGGCAGAAAGCACCGUCACAGUGAUAAAAGGGACAGCAGAAAGUCUGAGAUUCAGGACGACAAAAGAAGAUCUCAUAGAGGUAGCAGACACGACAAAGAUGAAAGUUCAGUAAAGGACGAAGGGGAAAGAUCUCAUAGAAGCAAUAGAGGUGACAAAGAUGAAAGGUCUGUAAAGGAUCCAGUGGAAGAUAAAGGGAUGGAUACUAAAGUUGUUGCACAUAAGAGGAGCUCAACAGUAUCUGAAGAUGAAAUUCUGAACAACAAUAGUAGUAACCAUAAGAAAUAUAGACAUGAAGUUGGUUUGGAAGUUGAUGGAAAUGAUGUGUGCUCUGCUGCAGCUGACAUUGAUAGGAAACAUGAAACUGGAGUAGAUGGCUCUUUGGGGGGCGCUGCAGAAUCAGCUAUGUGAUGGCUGCUGUAUCAUUGAGUUUGCUGUUUACAGAUGGAUUGAUGAUGAUGGAGAAUGCUGAACUGGUGUUUAUUAUCUCCUUUUCUGAUUUAGGAGUUUUAUUUGCAGGGCAUGAAGAUCUUCGGAGAACUUGAGUGCUGUUCGGAGUGCUCAUCUGAUAUAUUAAAAUGUAUUCCUCAUUAACUUGAGAUUCGCUCCUUGGAGCAAACUUCUAAAUGUAAAGCUGGUGUUGUAAGGCGAUUUCAUACAGUGAGGUAGAAACCAACCAUGUAUUUGUCGUUUCAGGCUCAUGAUUCCAUGAAGAGUUCUUGGAGCACAUUUCUGGGAUGUCGGUUGAAGAUACAAGGGAGUAUACACUUCCUCAAGUAAAGUACACAUAUACAAGACUAAUAAACAACUCAUCUUCUAGGCACUUGCAUUUGAAUCGGAAUGCUUUGGCUAGUAAAAUGGUCCAAAUAUGCUUGUCUACAUACUUCUGAUGCACUUAAUUUGCUUGAAGUUCUGUUUUUAUAUCUUGUAUCAGGAAUGGUUCAAAAAGUUUGACUUGCUAUACCAAUACUUGUACUUUAUCUUUUGACAGUCACAAUGAAUUGUGAUGUAGGUUUUAUCCAUCUUGUCUACUGCUUUUUGACCAGUCUACCUAAAGUUGGUGCCCUUGGUAGCUCCAGAGAUAAGCUGUGAAUCUUGAAAGUUGAAACAAUUGCAUUGUUACAAAUUUUUUUUUUUAAAUUUUUUGCUUCACUAUUGUUUCUGCUUUUGUCUGCAUUGUUCGCUGCACCUUACCAUGCUGUGACGGUUGUUGUCAUGCUGGAAAACCUGUGCAGGUUUUUCAAGGGGGUUGACAUUGGAGUAUGUUUUGAGGGAAGUCAGUGCAUACUUCAUUUUGUGAAUGAGGACUAUGUUGCGGAUGCUCAACCGGUGAGGAUUACAUGUUCUAUCAGGAGUGAAGACUUGUGCACGAGAGCUGCAAGUGAACCUUUCUGCAUGUGGAUGCUUAUUUAUAUCAACAUGUGUCUCCCGGAUAAUAUAGCUUGCCGCUUGCGAGUUGGGAUAUGAGCGCUAAUCUAAGCUUGGAGUGAUUCACCAAACCGCUCUAAGAUUAAGGAAAUAUAGGGAUAUUCAAACAACAAAUGGAGUUAAUCCAGGUCGUGCCUGUGGGAAAAACAUCCAUAGACUUCAAUUUGUUAGGGAAAAAUAUUUUCUAAAAUAAGGGUGAAAUACACUGUUUUUUCUCUUUCUUUUUUGCUCAGAAAGAAUAAAAUUGAGUAAGGAGGUGCUAAAUUCUGUGCC